AUGCGCCAACAGCACCUGGGAUCUUUACUGGAACGAAGAUUACUUCUUCUGCUGCGCACAUGGAGCUAUUGGAUUCAUCAGCACCGUGGCAUCAUCAAAUGGAUUCUUUGGCUGUGCAUCAUCGGAGACCAAUGUCAACCCAAGUGUCAUGAGCACAUUGACUCCGACUGCAACUGGAACACGCAAGUCCUGCACCCAAAUCAUCCCGUCUCCAUUUGUGCUAACCAGAAAACAGCUAUCGCUUCAUCAACCUCAUCAACGGCGGCGGCUACACAGGCAACGCCAACACAAGCCCAGUCAUCAUCCAAUAACGGUACGAAUACCGGAGCAAUAGCUGGUGGUGUGGUCGGAGGGGUGUGUGGACUAGCGAUUAUUGCAGUCUUGGUUUGGCUGUUAUUGCGUUAUCGGUCACGAGCAUUGAAAUCUGGAAAGCCUCGUUUUACAGAUGAGAAACUCUACGGAGCCCAAAAUCAGUCCGGUGGGCCCCUAACCCCAUCAGCAAAUCCUUCAGAACCACCCAUACAAAGUCGAUCGACAGGGCCUACUGAACUAUCACCAGAGAACGGUUCAGUACCAUCCGAACUAUCACCGGAGAAUCGUUCAGUGCCAUCCGAACUCCCCGCAGACUAUGUCGUUGAUCCUCGCUAG